CCAAUAGUAGCACAACAUCAUUCUAACAUUUCAGUAAGCAAUUUGAACUGCUUGUUCCUAUUAUCACCAUGGUUGCCAACAUCCAAUUCCAUCAUAUUACUCUAGCUUUGAUCUUCUGCUCGGCAUUAUUGGCUUUUCAAGUCACAUCGCGCACUCUACAAGAUGCGAGCAUGUAUGAGAGGCACGAGCAAUGGAUGGCUCGCUACGGCAAAGUCUACAAAGACCUCCAAGAAAGGGAGAAGCGAUUCAAGAUAUUCGAGGAAAAUGUGAACUACAUUGAAGCUUCUAACAAUGCCGGGGACAAAGCUUACAAGCUAGGCAUUAAUCAAUUUGCUGACCUCACAAAUGAAGAAUUCACAUCAUCCAGAAAUGGAUUCAAGAGCCACAUGAGUUCCUCAAUUGAACGGACCACUUUUAAGUAUGCAAAUGUCACUGCAGUACCAAACACUGUGGAUUGGAGACAAAAAGGAGCAGUGACUCCCAUCAAGAACCAACAACAAUGUGGAUGUUGCUGGGCAUUUUCUGCUGUUGCAGCAACCGAGGGAAUCAACAAACUGAAGUCUGGAACUUUGAUUUCUUUAUCCGAACAAGAACUUGUGGAUUGCGACACUAAAGGUAUCGACCAAGGUUGUGAGGGCGGCCUAAUGGACGAUGCAUUCAAAUUCAUUAUUCAAAAUGGUGGACUAACGACUGAGGCCAAGUACCCUUAUAAAGGUGUUGAUGGAAAAUGCAAUACAAAAGCAGCAGCCAACCAUGCAGCUACCAUUACUGGCUACGAAGAUGUCCCCGCCAACAACGAGCAAGCACUGAAAAAUGCAGUCGCUAAUCAACCUGUUUCUGUGGCCAUUGAUGCUAGUGGCUCUGAUUUCCAGUUCUAUAAAAGUGGUGUCUUCACGGGAAGCUGUGGAACUGAGUUAGAUCAUGGUGUCACCGCUGUGGGUUAUGGAGUCAGUGACGAUGGAACAAAAUAUUGGUUAGUUAAGAACUCAUGGGGAACUGAAUGGGGGGAAGAAGGAUAUAUCAGAAUGCAAAGGGAUGUAGAUGCCUCAGAAGGACUUUGUGGCAUAGCAAUGCAAGCUUCUUACCCCACUGCUUAGAAACCAAACUUGAUUCUUCUUUUCCUAUACAUACCUAAACUUUUUACUUCUACGUACAUAUAUAUAUAUACAUACAUACAUGUUGCAUAUAUUGUGGUUUCUUUGACCAGUUGUAACAUCUGUUCUCA